GUAUCACCGUCGACGACGACAUCGAGACUCAACCACCACUCUCCACGACCAACACACUCGCAUUCAAAUGGCUGAAAUUCGCAGGAAGCUUGUAAUUGUUGGCGACGGUGCUUGCGGAAAGACCUGUUUGCUCAUUGUCUUUUCCAAAGGCACAUUCCCUGAGGUUUACGUGCCGACAGUCUUCGAGAACUAUGUUGCCGACGUGGAGGUUGAUGGCAAGCACGUCGAGCUCGCCCUAUGGGAUACCGCUGGUCAAGAAGACUAUGACCGUCUCCGGCCUCUCUCGUACCCUGACUCGCACGUCAUCCUUAUUUGCUUCGCCGUCGAUUCACCAGACUCGCUAGAUAACGUCCAGGAGAAGUGGAUCUCCGAGGUCAUGCAUUUCUGCGCUGGUCUCCCGAUCAUCCUCGUUGGAUGCAAGAAGGAUCUCAGGCGGGACCCUCGGGUCAUUGAGGAGCUCCGUAAGACAAAUCAGCGCCCGGUCACUCCUGAGGAGGGCAUGGCUGUCGCACAGAAGAUUGGUUCCAAGCACUAUCUCGAGUGUUCGGCGAAGACGGGCGAAGGUGUCCGAGAAGUAUUCCAGUAUGCCACCCGCGCAGCCCUGCUGUCGCGCCCCAAGGGAGGCAAGAAGCAUCACGGUUGCUUGGUUCUCUAGAUGACGAUCAUCUUAUCCCUCUACGCUCGGACAUGCCGUUCCCUGUCUUAAUACCCCUCGCAUAUACGACCUAAGGUGCGGGCAUCACUUCGCACCGAUCCCUACCGCACCCACCCACUUCAUACAUUCCAUGCGACCUACGGCUCAUCUGUUCCUUUUCUCAAUUUCUUUCUUUGUCUGUUUUCCUGCAUCUUUUCAUUUGUAAGUACGAUAUAAGCUCGAGCGGAUGAAUACAGUAUUGCGGAGAGUCUUCGGCUUGAU